AUGGACGGCAAGCUAAGCUUUUGGGGCGUGGAGGUGAAGCCCAAGGAGACCCUCACAGUGGAUCCCAACGACGAUGCUGACUACCUCCACAUUUCCCAGGCGGCGCUGGGAGUGCAAGCGAAGGACAACGAGAGAGUGGUGGUGCAGCUGAGAGAGGAGAUCGACGAGGAGGACGAAGACGACGAGGACGAGGCUCCUCCGGCGCCGGUGACGGUGGUGCUGGGGACGCUCGUGAAGGGCAAAGUGGACCAGAUGAGCCUCGAUCUCGUGCUCGACCGGCCGUUCAGCCUCUUCCACUCCGGCUCGCACAGCAUCUUCUUCUCCGGUUACAAGACGCGCGACAGCGGCGGCGAUGACGAUUAUGACAUGGACGAUGAGUUCGACGAGGAGGAUAUUGAGGAGGACGAGGAGGAGGAGGAGGAGGAGGAGGCGGAAGACACACCGCCGCGCAAGAAGGCCCCCGCCGCCGUUGCAGCCAAGGCUGGGAAGAAGGGGGCAAGCCCGAGCAAGGACGCAGAGAUGGAAGACGCGGCGGAGCCAGCCAAGCCCGCCGCUGCUGCUGCUGCCGUUGCUAAACCUUCCGCUACACCCGAGCCUGCAGCGGGCGCCAAGCGCCAAGCGGAUUCUCCCGCGGCCACGCCCUCGCCUGCGCUAUCCAAGGCGCAAAAGAAGAAGCAACGCAGAGAAGCUGCCGUAGCUGCUGCCGCUGCCGCUGGUGGUGACGCAGCUGCUGCCUCCCCUGCCGCUCCCUCUCCCGCUCCUGCCAAGGAGGUACGUUCUAAUUUCCAGUCAGGGCCUCAUGCUCCCAUUGCCGCCCCCUGCUGCUGCCCCUCACUGCCGCCCCCUGCUGCUGCCCCUCACUGCCGCCCCCUGCUGCUGCCCCUCACUGCCGCCCCCUGCUGCUGCCCCUCACUGCUGGCCCCUGCUGCUGCCCCUCACUGCUGGCCCGUGCUGCUGCUGGGUUAUGGCUCAAGGGUUGACGGCAGUGCUGGGUCGAGUCUAUUAUUUGGGUUUCGGAUUGCAGCUGCCAAGCCUGCCACUCCUGCUGCCAAGCCUGCAGCAGCAACACCAGCAGCAGUGACACCGCCAGCAGCAGCAGCAGCAGGCACGCCAGAGCCUGGCGCCACAGCAACCCCUGCGUCUGGAGGGAAGAAGAAGGCUAUUUUCCACUGCACAUUGUGCCCCAAGAAGUUCAAUGCUGAGGCAUUUCUGAAGAAGCACAUGGAGACCAAGCACUCAGCCUAA